GAUCCGUCAAGCUCGAUCGACGGACGCAAGUCGGAAGACAUGGUCUACCUCGAUGUAUUCACGAGCGCGCCGCUUCUGCCGCUUAUCGCAGCCUACCAAGCGGGCGUCAACCAAGACGUACGCAUCCUCACGCGCCUCGGCCACACCCCACCGGACGGCGACCUCGAGUCCUUGCAUACGGUGAUGGCACCGUGGCUUGCUCGCGUAGGCUUUCGCUUCGUGCGCCAGCUGUGCCCAAUGCUGCUGCUUAGCUACGCGCUCGAGUAUGGUCGCGUCGACGUCGUGCAUGAGCUCAUCGCGACGAAGCUCUUGUACGUCACCAGCACGCGCUGGGCGCUUCUCUAUGGGACGUGGCGGUGCUGCAUCGGCAAGCACAUGCAUUUGCAACGGCACUACACCGCGGACCGCGACGGGCAUGUCUACGACGGCGACGGCUCGUAUCGCUACGCUAUAUGUGGCAACGGAGCGUGCAUUGCCGGCUCUUUGCACCACUUUGCUGUCGCGGCCAUUCUUGGCGACCACGUCGACUUGCUGCAAUUUGUGACAGCCGAGAGCAGCUUGGGUGCGUAUUCGCGGGCGCUGGUGGCGCUUGCGCUUCGCGGUGGCCGACUGUACAUCGUGCUGGACCUCUACGAGCGGGGCGUGAUCUCGGCCUUCAAGGCCCACCACAUGCGGCUUGCGGUGAUGAGCGGCAGUGUGGACCUUGUGGCGUUUCUCUUGGCCAACAGUUCGAGCCGCAUGAUCGCCGACGCGUUCGCACAAGCGGUGACCCAGAACCAGUUUGCACUCUUGCAGUGGCUCUGCGCCAAGUACGACAACAAGACGUAUUGGGCCAUCGCGCUUGAUAUCGCAGUCACUCAUGUGCAACAACAUGUGAUUGCGUACUUUGCAGCGACGCACGACCUCCACCUUGCGCCGGCCAAAGCUGCGCGCAUGGACCGACGCCGCAAGCGCCACAACAACGAGAAGCCGGCCCGGCAGACACGGUUGCGCAAGUAGCACCGACGCCGUCGUGUCGAUGCACGCAACGUUAAGCUUGAUGUCUAUCUAUCUAUCCAUCUAUCUAUCCAAGGCGCAGUAUAUUCUUGGUAUGACGCUUCCCAGAAUGCACGCCGACUCGGCACAAGGAAAUAAG